AUGGAAGUGAAAGAGCGACGUCCAUACUGCUCGCUGUCCAAGAGCCGCAAGGACAAGCAGGGAGCGUACACUGGUUCAUCAGGGGACAGUGAAGACUGUGCUAUUGGCUCCCACGGACUCCGGGUCCCCACUCAGAAGUCCUACUCCUCCAGUGAAACACUCAAGGCCUUUGACCAGCACCAAGACCAGACCAGGCUGCUGUACGGGACGACCAAGGGACACAAGGACAUGGUUCACCAUGAACAGGAUGACUAUAACAGACAAGGUCAGCAUUUCAGUCUUCGCCAGCUGGGAAUCUGUGAACCACCAUCACGUCGUGGCCUGGCAUUCUGCUCCGAGAUGGGCCUGCCCCACCACGGUUUUUCGGUCGGGACAGCCCAGGACCUUGACGCCGACAGUCAGGCUGUGAUGUCACCAGAGCGCGCCAUGCGGCUGUGGGGCCGCGGGGGUCUGGGUAAAUCAUCUGGGAGGAGUUCCUGCCUGUCCAGCCGCUCCAACUCAGUGCUGACUCUUACCGACACAGAGCAUGAGAACAAGUCAGACAGCGACAAUGCAAGAGAGCCUGAAACUUACAGAAUGAAAGCGGAGAGAGAGGGAGCCGCGGCGCAGAGGCACACACGGCAGGCGAGGAGACGGCGCGCACACCGCACUGAGAGGCGCAGCGGCAGGCGCGGAGAGGAAGGACCCGGCCCACAGCGCAAGGACGCCAAAUCUGCACUUUGCCCAACUGACAGAGAAGAGAAAAAGGAAGAGGAGAAGAGGACAGAAAGCGGGAGCGCCGUGGGGUUUUUCUUCAGCGGGUUUCAGUCUCCAUCCCUCACUUGGAGCGCAGAGGCUGGAUGA